GGCGCACGCCUGUGCUUGUCGCCGGUGUUGUCGAUUUUCAGCGCGACGAUCGACGCGUGCUACCAGAAGAAGUAAAACGUGAAAACUCCAAAAAAUUGUUCGAGACCAAGUCGUUUUCCCGCGACUUCUUGAUGUCACCGCUGUGACGCGCGCACGUUUUUGUGCUUUCGCGAAAUUUUUUUUUUUUUUAAUGGAAAAUCGCGGAAUCAAAAACUUUGUGGUACCGGUCGACGAACUACAAGGAUAUAUGUAGGGAAGAAAAAACACGUUAACGCGCGCGCGAAUAGUGAAACAUAAAGAUUCUCUGCACACAGCAAAAUGGAUAAAGACUUUCGUCAGAGGUGCAAGAAACUGCGAUGUGCUCUUCUUCAUCUGCUGCUUAUAGUGGGGGGUGCAACAGGUUUAAAAGAUUUGACGAUAAAUGUACCGGCCAUGGUGAGAUCGGGCGACACCGUAACUCUGUCAUGCCAUUACGACCUGGAAGGCUUGUCUUUGUACACUAUACAAUGGUUUCUGGAAGAUGUCGAAUUUUAUCGUUACGUACCUGACCGCCAACCACGCUACAAUACCUUCAACGUGACUGACAUACGAGUCAACAUUUCGAAAUCGAACUCGCACGACGUAACACUGGUAGACGUGUCCCGGAAUCUCACCGGAAUGUACAAGUGCGAGGUGUCCGCCGGCAGUCCUUCCUAUCACACUAUGAUCGAAAAAGCCAAGAUGGAAGUAGUUGACGCCCCAAAAACGGAUCCUGUGAUUCGUACGGAGAAGGAGCGCAUAGGGGUUGGCGAAACGUUGCGAGUGAACUGCACCUCGGGCAACUCCCGACCCGCCCCCGCCGUUACGUGGAAGCUCAACGGGGAUUCCAUCAAGAACGAUUAUCGAUACAAAAUUUGGGACUACAAAAAUUCUCACGACGACGACACACAGUCCACAACGUCGUUCAUAGAAUUUCGCGCGACAGACGAUAUGUUUCGCAAAGGGCGUCUGCACUUACGUUGCACAGCUUUCAUAUCAGAUGUUUAUCGGAAAUCGGCGGACAUCGAAAUCACCGAGGACGUGCCGCGUAUCGCAUCGAUCACCGGCGAAUCACCACCGUACGAUAUCCGAGCGAACGGUUGCGCCGGACGGAAUUGGCUCUGGCUUGGUAAUCGCGGCGCAGCGAUAAUAAUGACUACCGUGGCGGCCACUCUGUUCCUGAUGAUGACAUCGCUGACGAUGACGGUGCCCUCAAUAACGAAUGUACUGCCGAAGAGCAACGAGCCAACGGCAGUUAGCAGGAGCCUGUAAAAAUGGGAGAGAGAGAGAAAGAGAGAGAGAAAGAGGAUCGGCGAGAAAAACGCAUACGGAUCGACGCGGGAUUUUCGUGCGUGUGAACUCGUGUUGCACAGUUUACUUUUGAGAAACCUGUUGUCUUUUGAUGUAAAAUUGUUGAUCGCGAUAUUACCCAUAUAUUUAAUAAAAUUUGAAAAAACUACACGACAAACUGUAGAGCGAUAUCCGCGUAUACCGAGAGAUUAGAGACAGGUGUUAAUAACUGUCGUUAAACGCAACGAGACGAAAAACACGUUAAACUGUUUGCGAUCCGAAAGAUCGGUUUCAUCAAGUAAUCGGGAUUAAAGGAUGACAUACGAGAGAGUGGCAGAUGUUUCAACGGCGAACAGAACGAAGAGGGAGAAAAAGAAAAAGAGAGAGACAGGAGAACUGAGGUGUGUGAAACUUUCGUUAAAUAUUUCUUCUUUUAUUUGAAUUCUCCGACAAAGCACGUGUCGGCUAACUAUAAAUGCGAUAUUUAUUAGUGAUCGGAGUGUUCAUCGAGUGUCAAAUAUAGAUUAUACAGGGGUAAUUAUAAUAUAACCGAUAUACACAUAUAACUAACGUUAGCGCAGUAACGAGCGGCGUUCUCUGCUCAAUAUUCGCUCCUUUUACGAUGUCUAACAGAAAACGCAUCAAAAUAGACACUGAUUUGUAAUCUGUACAAAUUGUAAUAAAUUAU